AUGUGCCACAUUCAUUCAGCAUCACUCGCAGUCCAAGUCAUUCAAGCAUGUUUCAAGCUGCAACCUCUCCAAACCAACCCAUUCUUUCGCACAAAACUUGCUAGGAACAAUAUAUGUGUUUCUGAAUAUGUGGUUAAGAUACUCACCGCAUAUUCACUGGAAAUCAAGCAUAUCAUAGUGAACUAUAGUGAACGUGAUCACUAUAUCAUGGCUAUAAGGUGCAAGAAAUUCAAGCAAUCUCUAGCUUCACAAUACUGGCUAGACAAACCGGGUGUACGUGCUAUUCAAAAUGAUAAAGCCAGACUCAGAUCAGCUAAAAAGAAAGAAACAGAAUCUGAGGCAAGCACCACUUGUGCUGGAGCCAUGAAAAAGGGAGAGAAAAAGGAAACCACCACUCACUGUAGAGGUCCCUCUGCCUUCCAACCUUCAGCCUCCCAAAUAUUGAACCAGCUUUGGAAGAGGAUAGUUGAAUGGGAGGUUGGCUGGGAACCCAAAAACACUUGGUUGAGCCGUUUUGAAGAGGGCCUGGGUCAAGCACAAAAGGAGAAUAUGAGAAGGGCGGACAAUCCUACAAGACUUCAAGGCUCACAUGACUCACAGUUUUACUACACAGCAUCACCAGAGGAAGUACAAGAUUGGUUUCUAACAGCGUAUGAUUUGAUGCUGAAGGUUUCAUUUGAGGUCAAGUUCUUCAAAAUCAAAGUGUCCAAGGGUUCUCCUGUCCAAGUCGGCAGGCUUGCAGAAAGUGUUGUACAAAAAAGGCAACUAUCUUUAAGGCAUGUGACGGCAUUUAGCAGUUCCCCAAAUCCCAAGGCACGAGUGUUUGUGACAGUCGGGUGGCUGGUGUUUUCUGCAAUGACCGUAAUCAUAUUAACUCACUGCAAAGAGGAGCCGAUGCGCUAUCAUCACACCAAACCUUCCACGCUCACCAAAGGCCAUUUUGGCCAAAACACCAGCAUAUUCUUAUUUAAUUGGCAUGGAAUGGCGCAGGAUGAAGGCAAGAAGGAGAGACUUUGGAACUUCUUAAACAAUCCUCUGGAAGUCCCCCCUGCACUGACAACAUCCGGAAAUAAUGGUUUUCGGAGGAACGAGCUGGAGGAUCGUACAAGUUAUGUACCGGAUACAGACUUAGACGACACAACAUUUUGGAGUCAAACCUUGGACCCAUUGUUAGCCUCUUGGCUGAGGGAGACAAGCUCAUCCACAACAUCACCUAUGAUGCGGGAUACAUCAUACUCCUUUUGGUUCAACCCACUUUCCUCAGAGCCCCAGUUCCCUGUAGAUCACAGGCCAGACAAGGUGCCUAGCAGCCCUUGGAGCAUGCAUGAACACCCGCCAGCAACCUCUCCACUCCCAAACACCCGGCAAACAGCACAUCUAACCAGUCAGCCACAGUCGAACCAGAUGUGUGCACCAAAAGAGGCUUUCAAUAUAUUCAGCGGAGCAUCGGGUGCAUCUAUCCCUCUCAGUAACAGAGCAACACUUCCUUCUGGCAGUGUUUGUCCUACAGAGGGGCAAUUGGCACAGGCCAAUAGUGCAACGUGGGCCUCACACAAUCCCACUGGAAGGACAUUACCUGUUUUCCCUCCUUUGCAAUCACUUACUGAUGCUGCAAAGGCCUCGAGAAGUAUUGCGAGAGAAGUAAAAAACAACAUGCUCAAGAAGCUCGAUGAAGACAUUAUUACAUCUGUAAAAGAGCAAAAUAAUAAAUUUACAGACAUCGCCAAAAAUCAUGAUGUAAAGGUGGAAAAGGUUAAGAAUAUGGUAAUUGUGUACACUCACUACACGAAGGCAUUAGAAAUAAAUCCAAGUCUGAGUCCGGGAGAAAGGGAGGACCUUAUUGAGCUACAGAACAUGGCCACGAAGGACAAACAAGAUCUGUCAGAAGAACAAAAAGAGGAGCUCCUCCAAAGAGUGGCCGACAAUUGCAUACACAAGGCCACGAGCAUGCAAUCGAGCAAUGCCACAGCAGCUAGAGACAUUAUGUGCACAGCUGAUAGCAUGAUUAAGGAGGUUUCAAGGUUGUUUGCAUUGUGGGCAUGCACCCGUAAACAGAUUUCCAUGAACUAUGUAAACUACGAGACCACCGUUGUGCAAACCCACAAGGUCCGGUUGGUCAAUUGGCCCACUGGCCUGAAAUUUGUCAAUUCAUCCUUCAUAGGAACUGUUGGUGAUAUAUGA